CUUCUCGAGAGAUGGGCAAUUUUCUUCCCUGAGGAAGGAGUUGGGGGGCAGAUUGAUUUCCAGUUCACUUUAAGAAUAAGGGGGUGAAGUGGGACGCGAUGGCUCACGUGUGUAAUCCCAGCACUUUGGGAGGCCAAGACAGGCAGAUCACUUGAAGUCAGGAGUUUGAGACCAACCUGGCCAACAUGGUGAAACUUCAUCUCUACUAAAAAUACAAAAAUUAGCUGGGUAUGAUGGCGGGCACCUGUAAUCCCAGCUACUCAGGUGGCUGAUGCAUGAGAAUUGCUUGAACCUGGGAGGUGGAGGCUACAGUGAGCUGAGAUCACACCACCGCCCUCCAGCCUCAGUGACAGAAUGAGACUCCAUCUCCAAAAAAGAAAAAGGAAAAAAGACUAAAGGGGCAUAACUUUAUGCAUGCCAGUUUUAUGCAGGAAAAGUUUUCUGUUAGACUCUCCAUCUUGGGUGGUCACCGAGUUUUAUCUCCUUUUCUCUGUACUUCAUGAACCUGUGAAAAGGAACCCUGAAAUUCAUGUAGUUUGGCAAACACCAUUAAGCCAAAAGUGCCUUCUAUCCUUUGUCUAGUUUUUGGCCUCCGUUAAUUUCUCUUUUUUAAAAAUGAGUUUAUUGACAUACAAAAAGUCGUAUAGCAGGUCCUCAAAUAAUAUUUCACUCACUGUUGUUUCUUUAUAACAUUGAUAAGGAAAAAAUAUUUUAUCAUUUUUUAAACUUUUUAUAGAGACAGGGUCUCUAUCACCCAGACUGGAGUAUGGUGGUGUGAUUAUAGCUCACUGCAGCCUCAAACUCCCGGGCUCAACUGGCCCUCCCACCUCAGCCUCCUGAGUAGCUGGGAUAUAGGUGUGUGUGUACCACCUUGCCUGGCUAAUUAGCCCAGAUAAUUAAUUUUAAUUAAUAAAUUUUUUAAAAUUUAAUUUUUUAUUUUUGUAGAGACAGGGUCUCCCCAUCUGGCCCAGGCUGGCCUUAAACUCCUGGGCUCAAGUGACCCUCCUACCUCAGCCUCUCAAAGUACUGGGAUUAUAGGCAUGAGCCACUGCCCCUGGCCAGGGGAAAAAAAAAAUUGAUUCAGGCCAGGACCACUGUCUAUGUGGAGUUUGCGUGUUCUCCUCAUAUAUGGUAAAAUUGGUUUCAGUAUACAUCAUUUCACUUAAAGUUGCAAUUUCCAAGAAUCUAUUGACAAUAUUGAGUACUUACAGUACAUAUUUAGGGUAUAUAACUUGAACUUGGAAGUCAGUAUAGAAUCAUGAUACCAUCACUAUAAUCAAUGCUGUAAACAUAUCCACCAUCGUGUUUCCUCCUGCCCAAUUUAUUUAUUUAGUGAUGAGAACACUUAAUAUAAGAUCUACCAUCUUUUGGUUUAUUAGUAUCUUAGAAGAGCAUGAUGGAAAAAAAAAUCUACCCUGUUAGCAAAUUUCUAAGUAUAUAAUACCAUAUUUAUACUAUAUAGGCUCUAGGCACUAUGUAGCACAUUAGAAGUCUAGGACCUACUCCUUGCAAAACCAGAACUUUGUAAGCUUUGACCAACAACUCCAGCUUUCUCUCUCUCCAUAGCUUCUGGUAAUGGCCAUUCUGCUGUGCUUCUAUGAGUUUGACCUUUUUUUUUUUUUUUAAAUUUUCCUCUGUCACCCAGGCUGGAGUGCAGUGUCGUGGUCUUGGCUCACUACAACCUCUGCCUUCCUGGUUCACACAAUUCUCCUGCCUCAGCCUCUCCAGUAGCUGAGAUUACAGACAUGUGCCACCACACCCAGCUAAUUUUUACAUUUCUAGUAAUGACAGGGUUUCACCAGUUUUACUGUGCUGGCCAUGCUGGUCUCCAAUGCCUGACCUCAAAUGAUCAGUCUGUCUCAGCCUCCCAUAGUGCUGGGAUUACAGGCAUGAGCCAUCACGCCCGGGAAGGUGUAUUCCUAAAGAUUCCUUUCUUUGUGAGAGCUACAGCACCCCACAUGACCUGUGUAAUACAUAGUCGAUAGCUUCAGAUAAUCUUCUGACGUAUUCUGCCAUAAUGCUGGAAGGGGAAGUCCUCCAGUGUGUUGUCUAACUGGCAAUGCUGUCUAAUAAAGCUAUUGAUAAUUGAAUAUAUGUUUCAAGUAAUAAGCAUCUUAUGGUACUCUUAUGCUCAUUGUUCUUCAGUUGCUUCUCAGGAUUUUGUAGUUAGGCAGAUGAUGAUUCUUUUCUUUCUUUCCAGUAUUUAUGGUUAUUAAUUUUGUUUUAUGCAUUGUCUAUAAUAACUUUGAAUAGUAAAGGUGAUAGUGAGCAUCCUUAUCUUGGAUCUGACUUUUAUAAAGUGAAGGACUAUGAAUCUUACAUGCUAGCAUUCAUCUUAUGCCCAUGGCAAAUAUAGUUAAUCCUUCUUAGUAUCUUUUCCUGCUAAGCUGUGACUGUAUUUCAGAAGCUCCCAGUACAUUCCCAUAAGUGACUAUAGCCUAUUUGGUUUGGUACAACAGGUAAGAUUUAUUUGUCAGUUCUGGCUCUGGUGUUUCUCCUAGAUGUAGUUUGAUAUUGCCUAUUUAUUUCAGAUAUUCUCUAUCAUGUUUAUAUAUAUAUCUGGUUUACUAAAAGUCCUUUUUAAGAAGAAUCACAAGUGAAUAUUUAGUUUUAUAAAAAAGCUUUCCAAUAUCUGCCAGGGUGAUCAAAUGGCUUUUAUAUCCUGUGGUUUAUCAUAUGUUAAUUGUACUAAGAAAUUUUCUAGUUUAAUCACUAUGGUAGUUCUGGAAUAAAUCCUACUAGUUUCUCUCUCUCUCUUUUCUUUUUUGAAGGUCUCACUCUGUUGCCCAGCCUGGAAAGCAGGGGGGCAAUCAUGUCUCACUGCAGCUUUGACCUCCUGGGCCCAAGCAAUCCUCCCACCUCAGCCUCCUGAGUAGCUGGGACUGCAGGGAUGUGCCACCACAUCUGGCUAAUUUUUUAUUUUUAGUAGAGACGAGGUCUCACUGUGUUGCCCAGGCUGGUCUCAAACUCCUGGGCUCAGGUGAUCUUCCUGCCUUGGCCGCCCAAAGUGCUGGGAUUACAGGCAUGGGUUACCACCAUGCCUGCCUCUGCUAGUCUUAAUGUAUAUUAUUCUUUUUCUGUUUUUUUUUUUUUUGAGAUGAAGUUUUGCUCUUGUUGCCCAGGCUAGAGUGCAAUGGUGCAAUCUUGGCUCACUGCAACCUCCACCUCCCAGGUUCAAGUGAUUCUCCUGUCUCAGCCUCCCAAGUAGGGCAUACACCAUCAUGCCUGGCUAAUUUUUGUAUUUUCAGUAGAGACAAGGUUUCUCCAUGUUGGUCAGGCUGGUCUUGAACUCCUAACCUCAGGUGAUCCACCUGCCUCGGCCUCCCAAAGUGCUGGGAUUACAGGUGGGAGCCACCGUGUCUGACCAAUGUAUAUUAUUCUUUUACAAUAUUACUGGACUUGUGUAGUUCAUACUGUGUGCCAGGCGCUUGUGCUUGAUGCUGAGGACAUAGUCAUGAACAAGAUAGACAGACAUGGUUUCUGCCCUUAUUGAGCUGUCAGUCAAUUCAGGGGUGAUAACGAGCAGAACAUUUGCCACCACUUCCCUCAUCUGAACUUUUGGCAGAAAUCACUGGAGAUAUGCUGUCUUGCAGAAUCUUGGAAGAUCUCAGAAAGGGGACAGUGAUCCUUUAUUGGCAUCUGCCAUGAAUUGGAGAAAAGAAGACAGUGAUAGCAAGCAUCCUGCUUUUUUGCUGUUGCUAGUUUGAUGUUUUAUUUGGUAGGAUUUUUUAUCUGUAGAACUUUUGCGAGGUUAGGUAUUGAAUUUGUUGUCUUGAAUUAAGUUCUUACUAAUUUUGUAAAUCAAGUGGAAUGUGGAUCUUUUGGUAGGGAGCAUCGAUUUGAGCACUUUUUCUAUUCUCUUUUUUCUUUUUGAGAUAGGGUAUCCCUCUGUUACCCAGACUGGAGUGCAGUGAUGCAACCACGGCUCACUGCAGCCUCAACUUACUGGGCUGAGGUGAUUUUCUUAUGUCAGCAUCCUGAGUAGCUGGGACUACAUGUUACCAUGCCUGGCUAAUUAAAAAAAAUUUUUUUUAUAGAGAUGAGGUUUCACUGUGUUGCCCAGGCUCGUCUCGAACUCCUGGGCUCAAGCGAUCCUCUGGCCUUGGCCUCUGAAAAUGCUGGGAUUACAGGUGUGAGUCACUGCACGUGGCUCAAUUCUAUUGUUAUUUUAUUCAGAUGUUCUACAUCAUUUUGGGUUGAUUUUGAUUUAUAUUUUCCAAGACAAUAUUCGAUCUUAUUGAUGUUUUCUAGUUUAAUUAUAGAGUUUCACUUAGUAUUCUUUUAUAAUUAAAACACGAAUUCUUAUGUGCCUGUUUUUAGCCACUUCCUCAGUCCAUUAGGGGAUUGUAUAGUCUUUCUCUUGGCUAACUGUGCCAGCAGUUUGCCUUUUUUUUUUUUGAGACGGAGUUUCGCUCUUGUUACCCAGGCUGGAGGGCAAUGGCGUGAUCUCGGCUCACCGCAACCUCUGCCUCCUGGGUUCAGGCAAUUCUCCUGCCUCAGCCUCCUGAGUAGCUGGGAUUACAGGCACGCGCCACCAUGCCCAGCUAAUUUUUUGUAUUUUUAUUAGAGACGAGGUUUCACCAUGUUGACCAGGAUGGAGUUUGCUUAUUUUACUGUUGUUUUAAAUAGCUUUUUAAUAGUUCAAUUGUUUUUCUGUUUCCUGAUUUAGUGAUUUCUAUCAGUUUCAUAAAUUUCUCCUAUUUUUGUUAGCUUUAUGAUGUUCUUUUUCUAGCUUCUUGAGUUGACUGCUUAGUCAUUAGCUAGUUAAUCUAGUUAGUUGGCUAGUUGCUUUUAGACUUGUUUGCCUGGCUAGUCUGUCUGCAACCUGUCCUGCUGAAGCCAUCAUGGUCUGCACACCUUCCCUCCUCCCUCCCAAGACACAGCUGCCUGGUUGGGGUGGUAGCCUCUUCGUCUUUAGUGAGGCCAGACUGAGAGAGAUGAGUGAGGUUCGUGUGAUGAUGCUCACCUGUGUCUGUUUCUCCUUCCUUCUGCGACACAUUGAAGACUAUACUUCUCAGUUGCAAAAUGUGAACAACUGGUAAAUCUAGAUAAAAGUUAUAUUUGUCUUGCAACUUUUCUAUGGGUUUGAUGUAGAAAUUCUGGGUAAUUCCGCAGCACACUCUGCUUAAGAAAUCACUGUUGUAGAGAUGUUGGGGAAUGUGGGGUGUAGCGAUUUCCUGAUGAGCACGUUUCUACUCCCUCGUAACUCUACUCCAGAGUUACGAGGGAGUAGAAACUGGUAGUGACAAAUCCAUUUGGAAAAGGGAGAGAGAGACAGACAGCACUGAGCAGAUGUGCAGAGAGAAGCAUGUGGCCCCAGGGUGAGAGUGAAAAUAGCUGCCUCAGCUCCUGUCAGUUCAAGUUCUCAAUUCCAGUUUCCACGAGGCCUGGCUAUAUGGCAGGCUGUGUAGUUCCUUCCUUGGAUACCCAGGAAAUCUAUCCAUCCUUAAGAUAUCCUCUCUUCUUUUCACUCUUGACUCUCUUCUUUUACUGGGACCAGCCAAAGUAGACAAUUGUUUCUUAGAGAAGCUCCCACUAGAACACUUGUUAGUGCUGAUGUUGACAGUUCAUUAGGUAUAGCAACUAUUCUGCUUUAUUGUACCGUUUAAGUUAAUCCUUACACUAUUAGCAUUCUCAUUUUAUAGAGGAAGGAAAAAGAGAUACAGAGAGGUUUGCUAACUCACCCAAGGUUGUACAGCUCAUAAGUGAUGGAGCCAGGAUCAAGCCUAUACUCUCAAUCACGAAUACUCUCAAUCAUGAGGCCAGUAUGCAUUUGAAGCUAAAAAUUGCCUCUGAAUUCAGCUUUGAUUGAAUUCUCGUGUAUUUAUAAAUGAUUGUGUAUAACUGGAUUUUUUUUUUUGCCUCAAGAGUUAAGGUGGGUUAAAAAAAAAUUUAUUUCUUUAAGAGACAGGGUCUUGCUGUGUUGCCCAGGCUGGAGUGCAGUGGCUAUUCACAGGUGUGACCAUAAUACCACUCUACAGCUUCAAAUUCCUGGGCUCAAGUGAUCCUCCUGCCUCAGCUUCCUAAGCAGCUGGGAUUGUAGACAUGCACCACCACGCCCAGCUCAAGGGAGUACUUUUAAAUGUCUAAGUGUUAGGUUUUUGUUUGUUUAGCCUAUUUAAAAAAUUUUAAAUUGUGCUUGUGUGAGGAAAUGUGGUUUCUUUGUGCUUCUUGGAAUUUUUGAGAUUUUUCUUCAUGGCCAAAUAUAAGGUCAGUUGUUUGUGUUUAAGUCUUCAUUGUGGUGUUCAUUUUAUUCUUUCUCUGUACCUCUGUCUCUUCUUUAAAGUGGCUCAAUCAUUGAGGUUAGGCAUUGGCUGUAUUGAUCUAUAAGGCAACUGCCUAGUAGAAAUAGUUAAUAAGUAGGCUGAAUAAAUUAAUAUUGAUCCUUGCAGAUUUGAAGAAUGUUAUAUAUGUAAAAAAGCCAGGCCAGGUGCCGUGGCACAUGCCUGUAAUUCCAGCACUUUGGGAAGCUGAGGAGGGCGGAUCGCUUUAACCCAGGAGUUCCAAGACCAGCCAGGACAUGGUGAAAACUGUCUCUACAAAAAUAAAAAAAAAGAAAAAAUAGAAAUUAGCUGGGUGUGGUGGUGGCAUGCACCUGUAGUCCCAGCUACUCUGGAGGCUGAGGUGUGAGGAUCAGUUUAGUCCAGGAGGCCAAGAUUGCCGUGAGCUGAGACCAUGCCGCUGCACUCCAGCUUAGGUGACAGAGUGAGACCCUGUCUCGAAAAAGAAAAAAAUAGAAUAGACCAUUUCCUUUCCUUUGAUCCCUCCAAAUACCACUAUUUCUGAUCAUACCAUGCUUCUUUCAACCUCGAAAGCAUAGAUUUCAAUAGCCAUAAUCUUUGGUUUGACACAUUCUCAUCAUUGGUCCACACUUUAUUAAAAUGUAUACAUUAUAAGCAUUUUUUUUUUGAUACGGCGUCAUGCUCUGCUGCCCAGGUUGGAGUGCAGUGGCACGAUCUCGGCUCACUGCAACCUCUACCUCCUGGUUCAAGUGAUUCUCCUGUCUCAGCCUCCCAAGUAGCUGGGAUUAUUUAUAGGUGCGUACCACCAUGCCCGGCUAUUUUUUGUAUUUUUAGUAGAGAUGGCAAUUUGCCAAUAUGGCAACUUUGCCUUAUUGGCCAGGCUGGUCUCAAAUUCCUGACCUCAAGUGAUCUGCCCACCUCAGCCUCCCCAAGUGUUGGGAUUAGAGGCAUGAGCCACUGCGCCUGGCCCAUUUUAAGCAUUUUUGAAAACCAUCUCAAACAAAAACUGAAACUUUGACAAUAACAUACAUCUAACCAUGUGGUUCCCACUUUCCCAGCCCUUUGGCUUCACACCACCUGGGCAUUUGAAACUCAUGUUUAUUAUUCCCUUGCUUUCCUUGUAUGCAGUUUUAUACAUCCGCAUGUAUUUUUUUAAACUAAAAAAGGUUUCGUGUUGCAUGUAAUCUUUUGGAGUUUAUUCUUUUCAUUUCUUGUUUCAGUUUUGGUGGACUGUUGAUUUUAGGAAAUUUUUUCAAAGGGCCUGUGAUUUUUCUUUUUAUUCAUCCUUGCAAAGGAGAUUUAUGCUUGCCCAGGGUGGCAUACAAUCUAGUGAUUUGGGAAUUUGUAUGAAAUUUUACAGCAAUUCCUGGUCAGAAUCAAAGGCAGAACAGAAAGCUGUAGGCUGCCAUUGUGGGGACCCAGCAGGCUGUGUGGACUGAGUAACUAACCCUGAUCUGUUUCCUAACUUGAGUGGGGUGCUGUCCUGGUGUUCCUCAAUGGCCCUUCGUAAUCUCCAGUUAAACAUUUCUGUCCACCACCACAUCCAACACUGGCCACUGGGUGUGGCAGCUCCCAUCAGAGCAAGUUGUGGUUGUGUUACUGUGAUGCCUGUCCCUGGAAAGAGGCACAGAGGCAGCGAACAUUCCUGUGGCCCCUCAGCUGGCCCCAUCACUCCUUUCUCAGAACACCCUUCAGGGAUCUAGAAAAAUUCUUUAUUCAGAUAGAAAAUUGUUUCAUAGUAACAGGCCAUUCUAUGUAUUAGAUAGCGCUGUUUCUUCAUAAGUCAUAAACCUAAGACUAACCCUGAUCUGUUUCCUAACUUGUGUUUUAACUCAUACCCUGAUUUUAGCUGCCAUGGUCUUUUCUGCAGAAUGUGUUCUAUUCCCUACAUCCUAAUUUAUACCCCAAAUUCCAUUCAAAUUUUUCCCUUUUUCAAUUUCAUGGACUCUCUCCCCUGAACCUUCAGUAUUUGUUACUGCUCUCAGCUCCUUUCCUUCCUCCCAUUCCCACCGAAUGCCAACCAUGAACUGUUACUUGGUUAGCACUUACUGUAAGCUCAUUAUGUAUCAUCUCAUCUAACUGAUAUCCUACUCUAUGAGAUGGUAAUGUUUUUCCAUUUUAUAGAUAAGAAGACUGAGGCUCAAUGAGAUGAAUUUGGCCAAGGUCCAUAUCUCUGGUGAAGAAUUUGAACCAGUUUUUUUUUUUUUUUUUGAGACAGUGUCCCACUCUGUUGCUCUGGCUGGAGUGCAGUGGUGCAUUCUCGGCUCACUGUAACCUUUACCUCCUCGGUUCAAGUGAUCCUGCUGCCUCAGCCUCCUGAGUAGCUGGGACUACAGGUGUGUGCUACCAUGUCUGGCUAAUUUUUGUAUUUUUAGUAGAGAACGGGUUUCACUAUAUUGGCCAGGCUGGUCUCGAACUCCUGACCUCAUGAUCCUCUGGCCUUGGCUUCCCAAAGUGCUGGGAUUACAGGUUUGAGGCACUACGCUUGGCCAUUUUGUUUUUUUUUUUUAAAUUAUGAUGUCUUUGGCUCUAAGUAAAAGAAAACUUAAAGUGGCCUUAAUAAUGAAAUUUGCUAUUUCACAUAAAAAGGCUGGUUAAUUCCAUGGCCCUAUAUUACCUUCAGGACCCUGGCCUUUCUUUUCUACCAUCCAUCCUUGAUGUGUCCAGGCCUUGUCCCCAGGUCAGCUCUCCACAAGGCUUCCAGUCGCCUGCCAGCCUUUCAUCCUCACGUCCCCCGAAAGUCUAGGGGCAGGAAUGUACAUUGUUUCGUGUCGUGCAUCUCUGUCUCUCUCACUUGCUCUAAUUUGAUGUGAAUCUUUUUUUUAAGAGCAAAGAAACUUUUCCCAGCACCCUCCCCUGCCCCAGCAGAUUUCCCUCAUAUUAUCCAGAAUGCCAGGAGCCUGUGCCUAAGCAGUCAUGGGGAAGGAGCUUAGACUAAUCCAGGCUGGCAAUCCAAGCCUCCCUGAUGAAGUUUCUGGCUCCUCGGAAGAAAGAACAAUGGGGGUCAGGAAUAGGUAUAAGCUGUGAUAGUGUCUGUCACAAAAGCCAAAGUCUGGUUGUUAAGCUUGACACACUGCUGCUAUUCUGGGCUCUCCCCUCAGCUCCUGCCCUCACUCUAGCAUAUUUCCUCAGCUGUGAGGUGAGUCUCCCACAACUCUAAAUGACACAUUCCAAAGCUAUCCUUUGCAAAACAGUGAGGAUCUACAUGAAAUGUGCCUUGGGGCCCAGCGCUCUUGUGCAAGUCCCCUGGGAUGUCAGUGCUGCCCUUGGUCAGCACAGGCACAUCACCGGAGGUCGGGAGAGGAACAGAGCUCUGCCUCAGAAAGGUUGGCCCUGAGCCCUGAGCCUGGCCCUGACCCAGCCCAGAACUGUUUUUUGUUUUGUUUUUGAGGUGGGGUCUCACUAUGUUGCCGAGGUUGAACUGAAAUUCCUGGGCCCAAGCGAUUCUCGCAACUCAGCCUCCCCAGUACCUGGAUGUGAGCACAGCUGUACCUGGCCCAGAGCUGGGUUUUAAUUAUGUUCCCCCACCUCUGAGAGCUCAUCUUCCUGGUCUGUACUUUUUCUUCUCUUAGAGUUGAAAUGAUUUUUUUUAAACAAAUUCUAACUUGCCUCCUAGUCUAACCACCCCUCCCCCACCAAACUUUAUCCUGUUUCCUUCCCUCAAUUCCCCACAGCUUUUCUGGCUCCCAUGGGCAUGCAUUUGGCCACCGUGGCCAGAGCCUAGCAGAGCGUGGCUCAUUUUGUUGAAUGGAUGAUUCUGAUCAUAGCAGGCAUUCAGUAAGCCACUCUUGUUAAAUUAUUGAAAAUAAAUGUUACUCCCUAGAGGUGUCUAGAUUCCUUUUUUCCCCCUAUCACCUGUCCUCUUUCACCUUCCCUCUGGGCCCUGGCUUCCCUCAGAGCCUCUUUCUCCAGGUCUCCCAUUCCUUUGAUGAAGACUCACAAGGAGCACAGUGUCCACAUCUCAGGCAGGCACUCAGGCAGGAAGUCACUGAGACAGAACUCAGUGGCCUGAAUGGUUUCUGCUCUCGCAUCUCCCACUUUGUACCUUGGGACUUCCUUCGGUUUGGGCCCUGCCCCGCAAGGCAGGAUCACCUUUGUCCUGGACAGACAGGCUCGCUAGCCUCUGCUCUACAGUUCUGCCCACCUUGGCCCUGGCUGUCCUCACAUGAGUGCCCUCUCCUUCCUUUCCUCCCUUAGCCCUGCCUCCUUCCUCUGGCCCCACAACCCUGGACACGGUACACACAGACCAGAGCCCUGGCUCAAAGGCAAACAAAAGAAACUGCCCGGCUCCCCAUGGCUGUGGCCAGCACCUUCAUACCGGGGCUCAACCCUCAGAACCCUCGUUAUAUCCCGGGGUACACUGGACACUGCCCUCUACUUCAGUUCAGCAUGGGCCAGACCUAUGGGCAGGUGACUGGUCAGCUACUUCGAGGCCCUCCUGGCCUAGCCUGGCCCCCAGUCCACCACACACUUCUGCCUCCCAUUCGGCCUCCAAGAUCAACUGAGUUUCCCAGGGGGAGCCUGCCUCUCAGGCGUGGGCACGAAAGGCUAAGCUCCAGCAUGAUCCCUGGGUACACAGGUUUUGUACCCUGGGCACAGUUCAUCUUUGCCAAGAACUGCAGCCAGGUCUGGGCCGAGGCUCUGAGUGACUUUGCUCACUUGCAUGGAAAGCAAGGGAGUGAAGAGCUGCCAAAGGAGGCCAAGGGAGAAAAGGACACAGAGAAGGACCAAGGGCCAGAGCCAGAGGGACAGCUGGAGGAGCAGCCAGCACUGGAGGCGGCAGAACAAGCUUCUCCCUACUCCAUGGAUGACAGGGACCCUUGGAAGUUCUUCAUGUCAGGCUUCAGCUAUGUGCCCCGCGCCCGCUUCCUCUUUGGCUCCAGCUUUCCUGUGCUCACCAACCAGGCACUGCAGGAAUUUGGGCAGAAGCACUCACUGGGCAGCACCCAGAAAGACCCCAAACAUCUCCCCCCGCUUCCCAGGACAUACCCACAGAACCAGGGUCUUUUACCUAACUAUGGGGGCUAUGUGCCAGGUGAGACAGUCCCCUUUGGCCACACAUUUGGGCAUCUCACUCAUGAUGCUCUGGGCCUUGGCACCUUCCAGAAGCAGCUCUUGGCUUAGGCCCUGGACAUCAAGUUUUCCCUUCCCUUUUCAUUCCAUCCCAGCCAUCCUUUUGGAAGGAAGGUGGGAGGGUGGGGGAAGCAGGAAGAGAAAAUGGUCUGGAGGCUGAGCACCUUUUUUAUUAAUAGGUAUAAUAAAUAAAUAAAUACAUACAUAAACAGACACCUGGGUUCCUCCUCCCUCUUCUGAUGACCAGGCACUGGCCACAGCCUAUUUACAGCUGGAGGGCUUAGGGAAUCUGGCCCCAAUACUGUCACCCAUCCUUAUCUCCACCUGGCCUAGGGAACCCUGCAGAUGGCUGGCCCAGACGGGCCAGGGGAAUCCUGGCAGCCCAGUGCUGCAUCCCAUCCCUCCUUUCCUGGGUGGAGGUCUGGAUGAGGUCACUGGGACAGUUAAGGGGGCGUAAUUAAUACUGAGCACAGGGAGCAGGUGCCAGCACAGGAAUACGUGGCCCCAGCUCUCAGUCUCCUCUCUGUAGCCAAGCCAAGGGCUUGGGAAGGGCUCUUGGGCUCUGAGUCUGGGGG